UUUCUACACCAUCGCAGCCACAAGCAGGAAAAGAAUUCAAAGGCACAACCGUCUCACAGAUUCUACUGGCAACCGACUUCUCGAAUUUGAUCAUCACGAAGAGCGGCUUGACAUUCAGGUGCAGCCUUCAUACCUAUCAACCGCCGCAUCAUCGCCAAAUUUUCACUUCAUCUUAACAAUUCGGCCACUCAGCUUGCAACUCAAUCAUCCACUGAUAUCCCAAACUUGGCAUCAACCGUUUCAUCGACCACAACACCAGACCGUAUCUUUCUCACGAUUCAAGAUCGCCAUGUGGCGCAGAAGCGGUCCUUCCAAAGCGACAUCGACAAACGUCCAGUGCCAAAAAUGUCUUAAACGAGAUACGUACUUUUCAUUUCACCGAAACUAUUUCCAUUUCCCCCAUCUAACACUCACAGCACGGCACUAUUCCUACGAAUGCAAAGCUUCAGCCCAGGAGCGGCCGUAUAUUCCCCGACCCUCACGAACUCAGCAGCUGUUCAAUCCCAAGCUCCAACCCAAGCUUACCAAUGCUGUCCCGGAUGACAUUGAGAAGAAGAAGGGUGUAGCCGAUAAGAUCCUCGCUGAAAAGGAGGCCGAGCGUGCCAGGAAGCGAGAGCUGGAAAGGGACGAGGAAGAAGAACUGUCCGUAAAGGGUUCACCGCCCCCACGGCGGCACAGGUCGCCAUCUUACGACUCCGUAUCCAGCAUCUCGACCAGGUCCCCUUCUCCAGCCCCAAGGCGCAGUCCCAGUCCCCCAAGAAGAGAACGGAUCAGCCGCGAUAUGGAGUUGUCUCCCCGUGGACAUCCGGUUCGUCCACGAUCUCUAAGCCCGGAGGAGCGCUAUUCUAGGGAACCGUCAGCCAUUCCGGAGAGAGAUUACCCGCCUCGGCGACGUUCUCCUUCGCCGAGCCAGGCCCGUUCACCCAGGCGCCAUCGCGACUUUGACGAUGAGCCUGAGCCUCAGCGUGCCCCUCAACAUGCGCCGCCGGGCAGAGACGCCGAGCAUGACUCGCACAGACGUCGGGGCUACUCGAGAUCCAGGUCGAGAUCUCCUGCGCGUUCUCCACCAAGGCGCGAUGGGAGAGGCCGCGGUGAUGGUCCUCGGAACCGAUUCAGGGACAGGGACGCUGACCACCCCAGAGAAAGAAAUGCGCCGCCAGCCCAGCAGCGGGCACCUCCGCCGCCGCGCGAGAGGAGUCUGAGUCCCUUCAGCAAGAGGUUGGCGCUGACACAGUCGAUGAAUAUGGGUAGAUAGAUUGCAAUAAUUAGAGCGAAUCAAAUCUGGGUAUCAUAUGCCUACUUUUUUUCUCUGCAAAAC